ACCUCAACCCUAAAAAGAUACAAAAAGGCAUUUUUGUUUAUUAGCUUUCAUUGGUUACUUCUAUAAGAGACACGUCACUUGUAUUUUUUCAUAGUAAAAAAAAGCCUUUUUUUUCUCUUUCUCCUCAUCAUCUUGUUUUUUUCUAUCAUUAAUAUAAAACUCAUCUUGCCAUUAUGACUGCCGUUAGUUCUGUUGCCGAUGUCGACGCUUGGAUCGCACAACUUUCUGAGUGUAAACAGCUUCCCGAAUCUGAAAUAAAAAAAUUAUGCGAAAAGGCACGCGAAAUUCUUCAGGAGGAAUCCAAUGUUCAGCCCGUUCGAUGUCCUGUCACAGUGUGUGGUGAUAUUCAUGGUCAAUUUCAUGAUUUACAAGAGUUGUUUCGUAUUGGUGGUAACUCACCCGACACAAACUACUUGUUUAUGGGUGAUUAUGUUGACAGAGGCUAUUAUUCUGUUGAGACAGUUACAUUUUUGGUUGCUCUCAAAGUGAGAUACAAGGAUCGUGUUACUAUUCUUCGAGGUAACCAUGAAUCUCGUCAAAUCACACAAGUUUAUGGUUUUUAUGAUGAAUGUUUAAGAAAAUAUGGCAAUGCUAAUGUCUGGAAGAUGUUUACUGAUCUGUUUGACUAUUUACCCUUGACUGCAUUGAUUGAAGAUCAAAUCUUUUGUCUUCAUGGUGGUCUUUCUCCUUCUAUUGAUACAUUAGAUCAAGUUCGAUCUUUAGAGCGUGUUCAAGAGGUACCUCAUGAAGGUCCUAUGUGUGAUUUGCUUUGGUCUGAUCCUGAUGACAGAUGUGGUUGGGGUAUUUCUCCCCGUGGUGCAGGCUAUACUUUUGGUCAAGAUAUUGCAGAGACAUUUAAUCAUAACAAUGGCUUAACUUUGGUAGCAAGAGCUCAUCAGUUGGUGAUGGAGGGCUAUAAUUGGACUCAUGAUCGUAAUGUUGUCACUAUUUUCAGUGCUCCUAAUUACUGUUAUCGUUGUGGUAAUCAAGCGGCUAUUAUGGAAAUUGAUGAACAUAUGAAAUACACAUUCCUUCAAUUUGAUCCUGCACCUAGAAAGGGUGAGCCACAUGUUACCCGUCGUACUCCCGAUUAUUUCUUGUAAAAAAAAAAGAAAAAAAAAUAGCGAUAAUACGAAAGCAAAGAAAGAGAAAGAGAAUAUACAUAUAUAUAUAUACACACCCACUUAACAUAUUAUUAACUAGAAGGCAAAAAAGAACUCCUUUUAUGGGCUUAGGGAUGUCCAAAUGUGUAAA